GAAAGCAAAAGCUUCCAAUAUUAUUAACUUUCCCAAAUUUUCUUUAUUUUUUUUUCUUCUCUCUGUUUCUCUCUCAAUCUCUGCAAAUCCCUUUGCAUCUGUACCUCAAAAAGUACCUUUUCUUCCCUUCACUGUCUCCACCAUAACCAAGAAGAAACUAUAAACUUUGCCUAACACCACCUUCAAUGGCGACAGAUCUUUCCAUUUUUUGGUUACUCAAUUCUUAGAUAAUCGGGCUGAUACAAAACACUUCACGCCGCAAUGGUGCCCACUCUCUCUCUCUCUCUAGGGUUUUUUUUUCGGCCUUUUCCCUUUUAUGGAGGAGAAUUCUCUCUGUCUCACAUCAUUCACCGUCACUGACCUCCUUAAUCCCCAUCUUUAUCUCUAAUUCUUGGAUUUCUGUGCAUUUCUGCUAAGAUUGCUGGUGGGGUUUUCAGCAAUUUCUCUGACGGUAACCGACUCUGUUCUUUUAUUUAAUUGCUCUUAACUCACAUCUCUGGCUGAUUUCGUCAGUGAUUUGCGGUAGCAUCCGUCAUCUUUUGGGGUGCUUUGACAUUCUUCUAUUCCUUUUACUGGAAUUGGGCUGAUUUUAGAUAAGGGUGUUGAGGUGGAACUCUAGUUCUUCGAUUUAUGGCAUUUCUUUUUAGCUUUUGUUGGUAUUUGGGGAAUCUUUCUAAAAGUGUUUUUUUGUAAUUGCACCUGAGAUUAAUUUAGGGUGUUUGAAGUUUUGGGGGUGGUAUAUAAUGGAUGUUUUUCUUAACUUUGUAAUGGGGGAGAAAGAUAGUAAGCUUAGGAGGAUUAGUUUUGGGCGGUGUCGUUGGAUGGAAUUCUAGCAUCCGUUGUGAUUUGAUUGCUGAAAUUGGUCUUGAUUAUUCUAUAUGGAAAACCCCUUUUCAACCAAGGAGGAAGGGACGAUGUCUUGGGGGCCUUCCAGGACUCAGGCCGAAACUCUGACUUCUACUGACGUUGGAAUGAGGAUUAUGAGUCCUGAAGAUGUGCUUCAUAGUUUCUCAGAGCUGAUGAGUUUUGAUUCUUAUGCGGGAUGGGGCAAUAACUGUUCAACAAUGGAUCAGAUUUUCACUUCUUGUGGCUUUUCGUCGAUUCCGCCUAUGAGUACUUGCCCCUCAAUGGAGGGAUCGACUUUCCCGGAAGGGAUGAGCGUGAGCCACGAAGCAUUCUCACUGAAUGAAAUUGAUGGAACUUCUAUUUCAGUGGCGAAUUCUUUCACUUGUGGAGACAAGAUGAUGUUUCAGCAGCCAGACACUGGAUUUGGGGUUUCUGAGGUUUCGGACAAUACAAAUGAAGCAGGUUCGAAAUCAAAUGAUGACCUUCUAGAUAGUUGUUUGAUUUCUAGGCCGAUUGGUUGGUCACUUGAUGAGAGAAUGCUGAGGGCACUGUCCUUGUUUAAAGAGUCUUCCCCCGGGGGCAUUUUGGCUCAAGUCUGGGUGCCUGUAAAGCAUGGAAACCAAUUCUUCCUGAGCACCAGCGAUCAGCCCUAUUUGCUAGAUCAAAUGCUCACGGGGUACCGUGAAGUGUCGAGGUCGUAUACCUUCUCUGCAGAAGGAAAAUUGGGUUCUCUCCUUGGCCUUCCUGGUCGUGUUUUCACCACCAAGAUUCCAGAAUGGACAUCAAAUGUUAGAUAUUACAGUAAGAACGAGUAUCUAAGAAUGGAACAUGCAAUCGGACAUGAGGUUUAUGGAUCGAUUGCCUUGCCAGUAUUCAGUAAUGAACUUGAAAAGUCAUGCUGUGCCGUACUUGAAGUUGUUACUACAAAGGAGAAGUCUGAUUUUGAUGCAGAGAUUGACAUUGUUUCCCGAGCACUAGAGAUUGUCAAUUUGAGAACUGUUGCACCUCCUCGAUUAUAUCCUCAGUGCUUGAAGCAGAACCAGAAAUCUGCAUUAGCAGAGAUAAUGGAUGUUCUACGUGCCGUAUGUCAUGCACAUAGACUACCUCUGGCGCUAACCUGGAUUCCUUGCUGUAUUACUUUGGAGGCUGUUGAUGAUGCUGCUAGAGUUCGUGUGAAGGAGAAGAUUAUUAGCCCAAAGGAGAAAUCUGUAUUAUGCAUUGAGGAAACAGCUUGUUAUGUGAAUGACAAAGCAACUCAAGGUUUUGUGCACGCGUGUAUGGAACAUCAUCUUGAAGAAGGGCAAGGGUUAGCUGGGAAAGCUCUUCUAUCUAAUUAUCCUUUCUUUUAUCCUGAUGUGAAGACAUAUGAUAUUAAUAAGUAUCCACUAGUGCAUCAUGCACGCAAAUUUGGUUUGAAUGCUGCCGUAGCAAUCAGGCUGAGAAGCACAUAUACUGGCGACGAUGAUUACAUAUUAGAAUUCUUUCUACCUGUCAAUAUGAAAGGAAGCUCAGAACAGCAACUUUUAUUAAACAAUCUCUCUGGUACCAUGCAAAGAAUGUGCCGGAGCUUGAGGACAGUUUCAAAGGAAGAAUUAAUGGGAGCCAAGGAUCCUGAUACUGGAUUUCAGAGUGGACUGAUUGGGAAGUCUGCAACUACAUCUAGGAGAAACUCACAAUCCACGGUGACAGACAGUGAAACAAGGGUAUCUAAUUCAGUAAACAAUGGAACUGAAGCAGAAUGUCCUAAGAAGCAGAUGACCAAUGGAUUGCGGAGGCAGGGGGAGAAAAAACGUAGCACAGCUGAAAAAAAUGUGAGCUUGAGUGUUCUUCAGCAAUAUUUUUCUGGGAGUCUUAAGGAUGCAGCAAAGAGCAUUGGUGUCUGCCCAACAACUCUGAAAAGAAUAUGCAGACAACAUGGGAUUUUGAGGUGGCCAUCUCGUAAAAUAAACAAGGUGAAUCGUUCGCUACGGAAAAUACAGACAGUUCUCGAUUCUGUUAAAGGGGUGGAGGGCGGUCUGAAGUUCGAUCCAACUACAGGGGGUCUUAUGGCAGCAGGCUCUCUUAUUCCAGAACUCAAUGGACAGAAUAAUCUUCUUUUCUCUGAUAACAACACAUCUAUAAGAAAUCUGGAGCCGUUCCUUCAGGACGUAAACUCAGUUCCUCCCAUCUCUUUCAAUGGCCAGAAUUCUGCCAUGAAACUGGAAAUGGAGGACUCCUUCGUCACGAUGCCCCAAAGAAUCUCAUCAAGGAAUAUUCUUAUUCCGGAAAAGGAACCAAAUGUUUGCCAGCUUGAUUGUAGUGAAGGCUCGAAGUCCACAGGGUUAGAUGCUGCAUCAUGCCAGCUUGCUGACCUGGAUAUGAUGGGGGGAUGGGAAGUCGCAGGCAAUGCUACAGGCUCAAUUAUUGCUAAAAAAAGCAAUAGAUUGGAUUUUGUGGAGAAUGAUUUGAGGUCAAGUGAUGCUGACUGCCAAUUUAUGGCCAAGAGUUCAUGCUCUUUUGCAGCUGCUGAUGAAAUGGGCACUGUGUUGGAAGGCACCGAUGGAAUCAAUGAACAUUACCAGCCUACUACUUCUAGCAUGACGGACUCAUCAAAUGGCUCCGGCUUAUUGAUCCAUGGGAGUUCAUCCAGCUGUCAGAGCGUCGAGGAGAGGAAGCAUUUGCAAGAGAAAAUAAGCUGCGUUGACAGUGAUUCCAAGAUUGUUGUAAAAGCUUCAUACAAAGAUGACACAGUUCGAUUCAAGUUUGAUCCUUCUUUAGGAUAUCUCCAGCUAUAUGAAGAAGUUGGCAAGAGAUUCAAGUUAAACCAUGGGACAUUCCAGCUCAAAUACCUUGACGAUGAAAAAGAAUGGGUAAUGCUAGUAAGUAAUUCAGAUUUGCAGGAAUGUCUUGAGGUGAUGGAUGAGAUCGGCACCAGAAAUGUGAAGUUUCUUGUUCGCGAUAUAACGUCUGCUGUGGGCAGUUCUGGCAGCAGUAGCUGCUUCCUACCUAGAGGUUCAUGACAAACAUUUGAUGCCUCCACAGUUUGAUAGUCUCAAUGAAUCGCUGUGAAAGGAAGGAUUGUCUGCCCUCGUGACCAUCAAGGUUCUCACAAGGAAGCAGACACACAGAAAGAAACUUGAUCUCUUCUCUGUUUUCAGGCCUCACACGACUCUGAAAAUUGAAAACACAACAAAAUUUGGGUCGAUUCAAGGUGAGAGCUCAGAGUUGCAUCGAGUUGGAAGUAAGGUCAUGUUGUUUUAGGUUAGGGAAUCAGAAAAUGCAGGAAGGGGAAAUAAGUUUUUACUUGCAAGUUGAAUAGGUUUGUAAAUGAAAAAAAAUUAGGAAGUAAGGUGUUUGAUUUAGAAGGGGAAUGAAAGCAUCCUGUUUAAAAAAUGCCAAGUUCCUAUAUCCUGUAAUCAUAAUUACAUUAGUCAAGAGGUGAUAGAAACUACUCUAUAUAUUCAAUGUGAUUCUUUUUGGCUGUAAUGUAAGUUCUACAUAAAGUUUGUUAUUAGUAGCUGUGAUAUAUAGACAAAGGAAAUUUUAUGUAAAAUAGUCAUUUUUGGAGAGCA